UCUGGAUGGAACGUAUUAAUGCUAUACAAAAAGGAAAGCGAAGGAGAAGGCGAAGGCUCUCAAGGGAAGCGCUCCUCCAAAAAUGGCGGAGAUGUCUCUUCUCCAUCGUUCUCCUCUGACGACGAUGACAACCACCUUCAGAAACUCAAUAUCUAAAUCCGUCUCUUCCAGAAUUUUUUGCAACAAGCUUAUGUGGGACACGUCAAUGGUGUCUCCUUCUUAUUCUCGCAGUUGGUCUACUUCGACGGCCCGAAGGAGCCGCGGAGGAAAUCAAACGAUUAGAGUCUCGGCGGAGUCAACGUCGUCACCGUCGUUUGGUUCUCGACUCGAAGAGACUGUCAAGAAGACCAUUGUGGAAAAUCCCGUCGUCGUUUACUCCAAGACUUGGUGCUCUUAUUCGAUGGAAGUGAAGGCGUUGUUUAAGCGGCUUGCGGUGGAACCAUUUGUAAUCGAAUUAGACGAGAUGGGUCCACAAGGGCUCCAGGUGCAGAAGGUAUUAGAGCGUCUUACUGGACAGCAUACUGUUCCGAAUGUUUUCAUUGGAGGGAGGCACAUCGGUGGCUGUACUGAUACUGUGAAACUGCACAGAAAAGGAGAACUUGCAGCUUUACUUGCAGAAGCUGGCGUUGAGAGCACCCAAAGCUUACAACCUUGAGUGGAAGUUAUAAAGCUUGUGAUGGAAAAAGAGCAGGAAGUACCCACCAGCACUCAGUCAUGGUCAUUGUAAUUGUUCGACUCAUCCAUCCCACUCGUUGUGUGCAGUUUGUUGUCAUGCCCUUGUUGCUAUUUUAUCUGUUCUUUCAUUGGGGGACAAUUUCUUUGAUUCUCAAAUCUGCUGAAACGCACCACAUGGAAAAGCUACAAAGCUAUUCAGGUUGUCAGGAAACUUUCUUGUUUAAAACAAUCUUAUAUCAUUGUUUAAUACAUUUAAUAUGUGCUUAAUAUA